AUCUGACGGGACACAUGCUGGCCUACAUCAGUCUCUUACCCAUAGCAGUCCUUGUGGGUUUUGUCACACUCAUAGUGUUUAAACGGGAGCUGCACACGAUUUCCUUCUUCGGUGGGCUCAUCCUGAAUGAAGUGGUGAACUGGGUGCUGAAGCACAUUUUCAGAGAGCCGCGCCCAUGUGCAGGAGCUCACAAAACCCUGCACACAGAGUAUGGGAUGCCCUCCAGUCAUUCCCAGCUAAUGUGGUUCUUUGUCGUUUACUUCUUUCUUUUCCUUUAUUUAAGAAUGCAUCAAACGAACAAUGCUCGCUGUGUGGACCUGCUGUGGAGACACAUUCUGUCCAUCAUCCUGUUGGGCACAGCCUUAUCAGUCUCGUACAGCAGGGUCUACCUGUUGUAUCACUCCUGGAGCCAGGUUUUCUAUGGCGGAGUGGCUGGUUGUACAAUUGGCAUAAUGUGGUUCUUUUUCACACAAGAGAUGCUGACACCAUUGUUCCCCAAAAUAGCAGCCUGGCCAAUAUCAGAGUACUUCCUGGUGCGAGACACAAGUCUGAUCCCCAACAUCUUAUGGUUUGAGUAUACAGUGACCAGAUCCGAGGCAAGGAACAGACAACGAAAGCUUGGAACAAAACUUCAGUGAUCUGCACAGCUCCUCUUGAAACUUGAUUUUAGGACCACAUACACAAAUACACACUCGUACACACACACAAACAAAAUGCUCGCUCGACAGAAACACACUGGACUGACGUGGUUACGAGGAGAAAAGGGUGGAAAGCUUUUCCGGGCGGCGACAGUUCCUGGAGUCCGUCCACAAACGCUUCCUUGUACAGCUUGCCCCCAAAAUGCUCCUCAAUGCAUGCAAGACUGUGCAAGAGGCAUACUAUUUAAUGAUAGAUUAAUAUAUAUAUUUUAACUAUAAACGCACGCUGACAGUAACUGUGUACUGUAAGAGAUUCAAGGAUUAAAACAACAAACAGGGGGACAUAGAUUCAAUUCGGUGGGCGUCAUCGCAGCAUGUAUUUAGUGAUUUCUUUUUUAUAUUCGGAUGUAUAGCAGCUGGGGAGGGGGGUGGUUAUGGCUAGGUUGGGAGUAUGUGGAAUUAACCAUUUUUCAUUGUUAUAUAAUAAAAAAUGAGAAAUUUCAAAAAAUUGGUUAUGAUGUAAUAUAAAUAAAAAUGUGCACUUUGUGAAAUUUACAGUUAAGAAAACCCCUGACUAACACUAGUUAUAUGUUAAGACCCUCCCCCUCUUUUCCCUCCUCAGUCUUUGCUUUGUGUCUAUGACUCCAAAGCUGAUCUGCAAGCCGCGUACAUUUCCUUUGUACUAUUGAGCAUCAAGGUUUGUGCUUUCUAUUCAUAUCCACGUGUGAGGACUAUGAGACUGAUUCACAGCGCUUCAGUUCUGUUUCCUUUGUCCAACACUUCUGGACUGAGGUGGAGUUUUGUAUCUAAACGCCUCGCACACAGUAGCAGCCUGGAAACAGGAUUUCCUUUUUUUUAUUCCGUCAGUUUCUUAUCUCCUUUUCUUUUUACCUGCAUUUCCAAGAUUACAUUCCAUAUCAUUUAGUGAGAAAACAUUCAUAAAGACUGCUGAGGGGAUAUGUUUUCUUUUUGUAUUAUUUUUAAAGAAAGGAGUUAAAAAAAAAGAAGCCUCAGGUCAGUCGUAGCAUGUGAUUAUGCUUCAAUCCUCACAGCUCACGGCAGCUAACGUUGGCAGCUGUCAUGUGGGGACAGAAGCUGAUUUAAAACUGUCAUAUCAUUAGCUCCGCAAAGGGAAGUAGUUCUCUUAGUUUGGUUUGUUUUUUUCAUGUGUAACCUAUAUCGGGCUGAAUAAAAAUGUGUUUAUGUACAAGA